ACCCUAAAAGGGAUACCUGGGGUCCAUUGGACCCCAGGCGCCUUUCAGAGCUCGUCUUUGAUGGAACACACUCAGUGAGGUGACGAAACUGAGGCCAUGAAGGUAUCCCUUUUAGGGUUAAGAUUGAUAGAUAAAAUUCAUUCCAUGGGAUAUACACAUGAAAUCGACGAAUCGAUGAGUAUUUGUGAGUCAUGUCGUGGAUUGAUAAGUCACAACAGAAGCCCGAAUACGAAAAAACGCCGAUCGGAUGGAAACAACGAAACUAUGCAACCAUCAUUUAGUGGGCAGCAACAUCAUGAUGUUCCAGAACCAGAACCGUCAACGAGUGGUCAACAAAUCGAACAUGAGCUGGAUAUGGUACCAUCUAUUCCAUCAUUGGAGUCAAUUCCGUCAACAGAUCAACUACAGGGUCCCCAUAAUAUUGAGAAGCUUAAUACCAUUGCUGAAACAUUGAGUUUAUCGCCAAUCUCAUCUAGAAACAUGAGAAGUAUGGAAUAUCGCAUAAACAAAUCAUUGCAGAUUACGAAAGCAGUUCGAAAAAAUAUCUUCGGAAUAGAUUCAACGGAUGUUGGCAAAGUGGAGGCGUAUGACGAGAUAAUUAUGCAGUUAAAGGAUAAGUUCAAUCACCCUACAACUGACAGAAGCGAACAGAUUAAAAUACUACCUGUACUUCCUAAGUCUUGGUCGGUAAAUAAAAUCACAAGAGAGUUUAACGCACCAAUGUAUAUGGCGAGGCAGGUGAAGGAUCUUGUUUAUGAACAGGGUAUUCUUUGUACCACCGAAAAAAGAAGGGGGCAUGGUAUUGAUGACGAUACAAAACAAAUAGUAAGAGAAUUUUUUGAUGAUAAUGAUAUCAGCAGGCCAAUGCCAGGAACAAAUGAUUUUGUUUCUGAGGUUCGAAAUGGAAAAAAACAACAAGUUCAAAAACGACUUUUGAUGAUGUCGCUCAAAGAGGCUUAUAUGAUUUUUGUAGAUAUGUACAAAACUGUGAAUAUUGGUUUCACAGUAUUUACACAGUUGCGACCAAAGCAUUGUAUUUUACUUGAUUCUACUGGUAUACAUAAUGUAUGCAUAUGUACUAUUCAUGAAAAUGUAAAUUUAAUGUUCAACAGUAUAAGAAUUGUGUCACAAGAUGAAAUAAUACAAAAAAUGCUUUGCGAUAUUUCCACCAGAACAGAUAAUUGCUUUUUCCGUGCUUGUGAAAAGUGUGCUUGUAAUGAACACAUUGAAGAGGAACUUACAUUGAUAUUAGAAUCAAAUGACAAAGAAGAGAUUAUAUUUCAGCAGUGGUUGAAUACUGAUCGCUGUAAUUUAGAAACGAUUAUUAAACCUGUUGAUGAAUUUGUUCCGUAUCUUGUUGAUAAAAUUGACAAACUUAUAACACACGACUUUAUUCAUAAACAACAAUCAUCAUUUCUCAGAAAUAAAAAAGAUACAUUAAAGGAUGAUGAAAUUCUUGCGAUUUGUGAAUUCUCUGAAAACUAUUCAUUCAUAAUUCAAAACGCUGCUCAAGGAUAUCAUUGGAACAACUCGCAAGCAACAAUACACCCAUUUGAAAUUUACUAUAUGAAAGAUAAUAAACUUGUUAAUGUUAGCUUCAUUAUCAUAUCGGAAGUAGUGGCUCACGAUACAGUUGCGGUCCAGUUGUUCAUCUCAAAAAUGAUAGAUUUUAUGAAACAAUUAACGAACUUUUCUAAAAUUUAUUUUAUGUCUGAUGGGGCAGCAUCACAAUACAAAAAUAAGAAGAACUUUGCUAGUCUAUGUAGAUUCCAGUCAAAGCAUGCAUUAAGAGCAGAAUGGCAUUUUUUUGCAACGUCCCACGGUAAAGGUCCAUGUGAUGCUAUUGGUGGCACUCUCAAGCGAAUGGCAAAGAGAGCAAGUCUUGCUCGAGAUUAUGGUAAUACCAUAACAACUCCACGAGAGUUAUAUAACUGGGCAGUUGUACAGACAGAUAAAAAUAUAACUAAAUUAAAUUUCUGUUACGUAUCCACUGAACAGUACAUUAAAAUGUCAGAAGAUCUCGAAGAAAUAUAUAAUAACGCCAAAACAAUACCAGGCACUCAGAAAUUCCAUAGUUUUUUGCCUAUUCCUGGCGACAAAGUAAAGGCAAACAGGUAUUCUAAUUCAGAAGAUGAACCAAAAAUAUUUAGUAUGAUCGGAAAAAAAUAGAAAAGAACAUGUUUGAAAUUGGCUUUAAGACACAUAUAUAUAUAUUUGAAAAAUUCAUAAUUAUAAAUAAUUGUAUAUUUAAAAGUGCACUUCAAUACAUAUUGCGAUCAAACAUUACAUUUCCUAAGAAAAUACAUUUGUAAUAUUUUGAAGUUUUUUAUGUAUAGGAAAACCCUUCCAAAUGAUUGAAUAAAUAACACAAAAUCUCCUAGAAAAUUGAGUUUCAUUGGAUUCUGGGAUUGUUAUGGCCUUCACUGGUUUUAUUGUUGAUAACAAAAUACACUGAAAAAAAAUCAUUCGAACAAGAAAAAGUUUUUGUUAGAAAACACUUUUUUUCCUUAAAAGUGCCCAUCUUGUGAUGUAUGGACGGUUGGUAGGGAACAUAAUUACCUGUCUUGAGACAAAAUUUCAUCAAAAUCAAAAAUGGUGUUUCUUUUAAAUCAACUUUGAAUUUUUAGAAAUGAUUUUUUUCAGUGUAGGGCUCAUUUUGGAUUAUUUUCAGUAUUUUUUCUUAAAAUUUGACUUAUUUUGUGAUAAUCACCCAUACAACACUUUUUUGUAGGAGUAGUCAUUUUUUGAUUAAAAACAUUUUUAAAAAAUCCAUAAAAAAAAAGUUUAGCCCUUUUCAAAAGUCAGUCGAGAAAAAAAAAAUAGAAAAAUGAGUAUGCAAAGUGGCUUAUCUGGGCAAGGUCUACACACCAAGAAAGUUUCGUUGUAAUCUGAGAGGGUGCUGCCAACAUUUGUUCGAGUUGGCGCGAAAUCC